UUUGUGAUGUAUAUUCAAAAACUGCGGAUGAGGAUAUGAUAGUUGAACAAAACUUGACGGCUGAUGUGUGUGAAGAUGAUCUGGAAGGAAAUCAAAAACAUGUUAAAGGCAAGUCCAAAGUUUAUGAAACUCAGACAAAACGAAGUCUUCGGAGCAGAAUUAAAAGAGUUGAUGCAGGAGCAAGCACUUCCUCUCUGGUCUUGAAAUCCACAGAAACGACAAAAAGAAAUCUUCGAAGCCGAAUUAAAAAGGUUGAUGAAGCGCCAAUGACGGGUUCUCCAGUCUUGAAAUCCACAAACCUGAAAAAGCGCAAGAAGACAAUUCAAAUACUUAACCCACAAUCAACGGUUUUGAACUUCAAAAGAAUUGCGGAACACAGAAUUCGACUACCACCAAAAAUGACAUCUGUGUUGGACUUAUCUCCUACUAAUCUCAAAGAAGUGAGUGUUCAAAACAUGACAGGUGAAGUCAACUUUAUAAUGACCAGAUCGGAAAAAAACCGCAAAGCGUUCCGGUAUGCAUUUGUUGGAUGGUCGAAUUACUUGAAGGCUUGGAACAUCAAAAUGGGAGCCGAAAUGUUUUUUGAGUUCAACAACUCAAGCAAGGUCUUGACACUGACAAAGGUUGUGGAGAAGCGUGGUGUUAAGAAGAAAAAAUCGCGUGCAUGAAUCGGAAGUCUGC